GGUUGGCGGGUAUGUGCAAGGUGGCCGAGCAGGUAGUUGAUUCUCGGACACCACCAGGAUCAAAAUGUCUCCAUCGAGGUGGGGAGAGAUAUUCAUGAUGUUGGGAAUGGUGUUGGGGGUGAUGGGUCUCCCGCAGCCAUCUUCCCUUACCGUCUCAUCCUCCACGACCUUUGCAAGACAGAGGAGGCAGCUAGAAAAUUUUGGAGCAAACCCCGAUGCGGACCCAGCACCUAACUGCCGCUGUGUCCCUCACUGGCAAUGCAAGGACAACCAAAUAUCCGAAAUAGCCGUGGAGGGUGAGGGGCUUUCGUCUCUCGUCCUGGACCUGCGAAGUAACCUUGCCUGCGACGGCGACCCUCAGAAGGUGUGCUGCGUGCUGGUGGAUUUCGGCGCCCGGCCCCCAACCGUGCCACCCGUCGACCCUCUCUGCGGCGAGAGAAACGACUUGGGCGUCGGCAGCACCAUCCUUGGCUUCGAGGACCAACAGUCUCAGUUCGGAGAGUUUCCUUGGGCCGCUGCCAUCGUCACGUCUCGAGGUUUUGGUUCAUCUGAUACACCUUUGUACACUGCUGGCGGGUCCCUGAUUCACCCUCAGGUGGUCCUCACCGUGGCACACUCCAUGCUCAACUACACUGCUGACCAACUGAAGGUUCGCCUCGGGGAGUGGAACUUGGCGGGGAAGACGGAGGCGGUGCCCCACCAGGAGAUUCAAGUGAAGGAGUUGCUGUUCCACCCCGACUACCACAAGGAGAAACAAUACUACGACGUGGCGCUGCUGGUGCUGGACCAACCCGCGGUGGUCGGCGCCACUGUUAACAUCAUCUGCCUGCCGUCCAAUGUUCAGGACUACGUGAGCGAUGAUUGCGUCGUCUCCGGCUGGGGCAAGAGGGACUUCGAUAAGAAAGCCAAGUUCAGGACUUCCUCUGCGCCGGGGGACAGAGGAGGUCAGGACCCCUGCACGGGGACAGCGGGUCCCCCUGACAUGUCGCCUGAAGUGGGCGUGAGUGGCGUGGGGCAUCGGGUGUGGGACCUCGGCGUGCCGGGGGUGUACCGCAGACGAUGCUGA